AUGGCCCAUGGUCAUGAUUGUCUUGCUGCAGUUGGUGUAUUGAGAGAGGGGGUUGAGAAGAAGAUGAGGGGAUUUCUAGACCAAUUACAGAGUCUGAGUGAAGACAAUAACAGCCCAUCUGCUCCAGAGAAGGUGGAGGAAGAUGAUUUUGAGGUUGUGGUGUUCUCUGAUAAGAAUGAUGAGGAGGACAAUGAGGUGGAGAAUAAUUGA